AUGUACAUACGAGGUGAACGAAAAACUUAUAUUCGGACUGUAACUUUGUUUACAGCUUAUAGAGUACCAGUUGCUGAAAGUAUUACAGGCAACCGAUCUGUCUACCUGCAGGGGGCUCUUCAACCCGUUGAUGCAAAACAACAGAAGGACUACACUUUAACUAUGAUUGCGAACACCUACACCAGUGCUAAAACCUUCAUAUGGAAAUUGUUAAACUUUGGCAGAACUGUUUCCAUGGUUGGAUUAGAAAUUUAUCGCCCUGACGGUGGAAAGAUCAAAACGGAUAAUGAAAGGUUCUCCUUCUUCCGUUGUUUCUAUGGUAGAGAUAAAUGGAGCUUCCUUUAUUUUGGAUCUUUGCUUUGCCCAUUUCAACACUCAUUUAUAGACGAUAAUAAAGUUUUGCAGAUUUUGUUUACAAGGGCAAUUGAAGGACGAUAUAUAGCACUGGUUUUCACAACAGCGUCCUCAUCCGUGCUACAAGGCACGAGAAUUGAUUUGUACACAAGACGAACAAGCUACUAUUCUAAGGCCACUGUAAUGGCAAAGAACCCUUACAUGCUUAAUUUCAAAUAA